UGCCUAUCCCGACCCCACAGGCAAGACUCGUGGAUGGCGAUAGGUAGCUACUCCGUACCAGUUACCUCGCGAAACGGAACGGCCUGCCGACCUUCCCAACACGCGCUGCAACAAGAGAAACACACAUCCACCCGUGCUGGGUGGUUGGCUGCCCGUUUGCUCGGGCGACUGCCGUCUUGUUCGAGCACCAAAACCCCUCCUUCCCAUCGACGACCUUGUCCCAAUUCUUUCUCCUGAAACAUUUCCCUCGCCUCCCGCGUCUCGCCAGGACCACGAGGCCAUCAACUCGUGGGAACAGCCAGCACCUCCUGAGGGCAACUCCUGGGAGCCACACAGCCCACACAACCCACACAGCUGGACAUCGGGCCGGGCCUCACUUGUCAAUGGCUGCGGACGGGGGCAACGUAUGCCAAUAUCGGCCCAACUUCCUCUUUGAGGCCAUCCCAUGCACGCCGGUACCUGUGGAACUGCCCAUCCUCACCCACGCGGCCGUGCCCCCCUCCCCCCCCAGCCAGCCAGCUGCCGCCCCUGCUCGGCGCUAGAAGCUGCCUCGCCUUCGAGAACAACCAACGCUCACACCACGCUCCAAUCUGCCUCUCUGCGGUCCCGCAUAAUCCAGCUUUUAAUUGCCAGGUCCCGUGAAACGCGUUUCCUUCAUGCAGAUCCCUGCCUCUGACCCCAAAACCGCUCCUUGCCUCAGCCCGCGCCGCACUCGCCCAGUCGCUCUGGAGCCCAGCCUCAACAGGAGCCCAGUCGCCGUGGGCCAUCAAUGCCAGUCCCAAGCCUGCAAACACCCAAGCGAUAUCUCGCCGGGCCCUGCGCGCUGUACGCUCCACGCGGCCAUCAUCGCCUGUUCGCGAGAUGGAUCUUUUGGGGGAUCAAACUGUCCACUGCGGAUCUGGCUGCAUUGAAUCGCGCAAUUUUGGAGACGCCGACAGGCAGGGGUGACGAUGCCCCUGCAGCUCUCAGACGAGACCCCCCUCCCUGGUUCCUCGGCCAGAACUCUGUUCGCCGGGUCAGUCUGCAAGUGGUGUGACGGCCUUCACAUUCUUGGUACUGCCAGUCCCUGCAACUGCCACUGCCGUUUGGCGCUGCGGGCUGCAGUGCCUAGGUAUGCGGGACAGAGCCCCCAAGAUCACGACAGUGGGUUGGCAGUCGCGCAAACAUUUCAUGUCGCCCUGCCAUGUCUAGCAAUGACAUUUCGGCUAGGAGCCGUUGAGGGGUAUGGAGAAAUACAUGCGACCGAGCGCCGUGUCAUCCCAUGUUACACAGGCGAGAAACAACGCUCAGAUGCUGGGGGGACCUGCGCUGUACCACCUGGGCGUCAAUCAGUGCAGCCCAUCUGCAGUGCUGCAUCAUCUCCUUGUCAGCAGCUGCAUCGCACCCAGACUUCCGGCAGCAUAGGACCCAUCCUUGAUCAACAUUCCGUCGAGUUGCUCCAUACCCAGCCCCUCGAGCCACGCAAAAUGUCCUCUUUUCUCGCAUCUGGAUUCGUCGGUCUCUUCCGGCCCAUCAUUACGGCAUCGGCGUCUGAGAUUGCGGGCCUGGGCAGUGCGGCGCAAGGCGCAACUUUCGGGCCUGUCUUCUCAAAACGACAUGAGGCCGCUGUGAACUACAAACUACUCGCGCCUAUGUGACCCGUGUCACCCUCGACUCGGCCUCUUCCCUGACAUUUGCGCUUCGGCAAUCUGGGUCACUAAUUCUUCGGUUGCGACGACCCUGCAGUGCACCUCGCCCUAUGGCGUUUGAGAACCGAGCUUUCUCUGGUCUGUGAUAUAGGUCCCCCAGUCGCAUUAUACCCCAUCCUCCGGGGCAGAACAACGGAAGCUCUGGCUUCCAUAAUCGCCGCUGCCCUGUUUCUCCAUCGACAAGGACCCCGCUUCGCCUUGGAACAGGGUGCCAGCAAAGUACCCUGGGCUCUCUGCAGUACCCUGCGGUACCUUCACGCCCUGUUGUUCAUCCCCUCCCACGCACAGCAGAGAACAGCGGACUCCCCUGUCGGCCCUCGCCUCCCUCGCGGGUUCGGGGGCCAUUUUCCACAGUCGCAGCCUCUCCAAGCAGGCCCGAUCGUUGUCUGGAGCUUGACCCUCGCGCUCGCGUGCACUGGCCGUCCUGCUCCAUCCGUUGCUCGCGGCGCUCUCCCUCACCCGUGCUGCCGUGGGCCAGAGGACCAGUACACCUCCACCCCCAUGCUGCCACCAUACCACUCUCCCCUUGUUCUGGCUUAGUGUGCUGGGGAAUCUCGAGGGAAGGGGGCCCCUGCCCAUCAGUCCGGAGCCUGUCGACGGAGUACCAUUGUACUCCCGUUGCAUCACGCCUCGAUGCCGGGGUCUCGUUUCUAUACCCAGUGGGUAAGGCCGUGGCAUAAGAUCCCCAAAUUAUGCUACCGUCCCUGCUCAGCAGAGGUUGAUCAAGUCUCCGCACCAUCUCAGGAACAGUACCUGUUUCGCACAUGGCUGGCCGACCGCAUGUCUGCUCUACUGCUGGCCUGCAGAGAGCCUUAAAGAAGGUACCUCCCCUCGGCAUCCACGCCUUGCUAGACUUUUACCCUUCCACACGACACCAAACAUCAGAUGACAAAAAACUCCUCACAACGUGCCUAUAAACAUUCCUGCUUUAGCCCGACACUUUUUUUUUUGCCGCCGGGUAUAAGAACCACACCCCCACCGGAAUUUCCAAACAAGCUCGUUGAAGGAUGCUGGUCUGGCGGCUGUGAGCUGUCGAGGGAUGCUAUCAAGUCACUACCACCACCGCCGAGGUAUCUGACGCCAAACUCCAAGGAAGCUUUAAUAGCCAACCACACCAAUCUCCGAUCUGUACUCAACCCACCUCUCGGGAUAGCCGCCACUCCUCCUCAGUCGCCUUGGAGUCGACACAUGAACUCUGUUACUGCGCUCCCAGCAACGGCGCAACCACUGUACAGUUCGCGGCGGGUAGCAUCUACGGCAAGGCGUGACGCACGCCUACCGAGCAGAACACUCCCAUCCCAAAGUAUCCGAGGUAGCCCUACGGGGCUCCAGUCAGUCAAAUUCUUUCCAUACAGAUUCCGGCUCCCGGCCAGGGCGGUUCGCUCUGGCGGACCCCAUGCGGCGGAGACACGCUGGCGGGCAACUAUCGAAUAGGAGGGGACUACAAUGUCGACUACUCACCACAGGACUCGCAUCCGGGCGACCAGAGCCAGCAGCCCCAUGGCUACAGUUCGCAGCAUCACCGGCCCUCCAUCCAUCACACGGGGCCUUCGAUCCUCCAUGAGAGUCCAACAGAGUCACAUUAUACGACCAUGCAGCAGCAGCAGCAGCAGCAGCAGCAGCAGCAUCACCAUCACCAGUCGGCACACCGGCCGCUCCCGGUCCUCAUGGACCCGGGGCAGCUGGGUGGACACCCAGGAGCGCAUCGGCAGUCCUAUCCAGGACCUUCACAUUUUGGUGGGCCCGGUCCGUCUCCGCACUCAGUAGUCGCUCCUCUUUAUCCGUCUAUGGCUCCGGGCCCAAGCCCUGGCGUCAAACGAGCCAGACCGGACGAUCUUGAUCUGUCAGUACAUGGCAUGCCGGAUCUUGAACAAGGAGACAUGGAUUCGAUGCAGCAGACCCCUCUUGGCGCCGCGUAUGCUCAAGCUGCAGGAGGGUCAUCCCACCCGACCCAUCAUCACCACCGUCUCCCAGACACGGGACCGCCUUCGAAAUUAUUGCGUCGGGACGAGAACCUGGGAGGAGGAGCGCCUAGCGUCGUAGGACAGGAGGGGAUGCCAGAGCCAGCACCCAGGCCGAGGGGUCCCAAACUCAAGUUUACGCCUGAGGAUGAUCAGUUGCUCAUAGACUUGAAGGAGAACAAGAGCCUGACGUGGAAACAAAUUGCCGACUUCUUUCCCGGCCGCUCUAGUGGCACCCUCCAGGUCCGAUACUGUACCAAACUCAAGGCCAAGACAACGCAAUGGACGGACGAGACGGAUUUGAAGCUUCGCACUGCUCUCCAGGACUAUGAAAACGAAAAGUGGCGCAUUGUAGCGAACAAAGUCGGCACCGGCUUCACUCCCGCUGCAUGCCGAGAGAGGGCUGCGCAGCUCAUUGACGAGAACUUAUAGCAAUCAGCGUCCUCUCCUGGAGUUUCGGCUCCUGAAGGGGACACAAACGUCUACUCUCAGCCACAAGCUGAGUCUUCGAAUCCUGUCUACACCCACCAGCCUACUCAGCAAUCGAAUUCGGUCUAUACGCAGCACCUCCAGUAAUAGUGGAGGACCAGCUGCGUGGGAGGCGCCAGGAAUACUGGCAACAAUUGUUAAGGACCUCUGUCGCCAGCCACCUGUUGGCAAGACUUCCCUACAAUAUCACGACAAACAGUGUGUCAAGGGCGUCAUCUGUUGUUAUUGUACUGCAUCUGGCGCGCAUUACACGUGACGGGUGUUUUUCACCCACACGAAUCAAAGGAUCUCUUCCGUCGAAACGAAUACAGGGCCAUUGUCAGUCUUCAGAAUUGUGCUUUGGCUUGCGGUUCGAAUAAAUGUGAAGAGAGAGCCUUUUCGGCACCAACAGCGAUUUCCAUGUCUUGAUAUCAGCUAGGAGGAGCAAGCUCAGACGGAAUAUAAUGUUAAGAGAUACCCGAUCCUUCUGGAUACUUGCCCAUUUCAUUUCCCCCCCGAAAUGUACGGCUUUUUCUUUGUUGUACUUUCCCAAGUUUUCACCACGAUAGAUGCGGUUGGGCCUUUAAGGGCAGACAGGUGUAUGGGGAUCAGGAUCAGCUUGGUAUACGCGUCACGGCCCGAUCAACGACAUAUCCGGCAGCUCUCUCGGGCGACCUUACGAUUCUUAAGCAGCAACGACGCGUCGACGACUUGCUUGCUGGCUCCGGACUGGCGCCGGGUUGGACCUCAUCCUCCCCUGGGCAUCAGUAAUGUUUGGAAUUGUGGGCCUCGUGCAAUGGAGCAGGGAUGAGGGUUUUUGACGGCCUCAGCAGGGGAGGGCUGUCCUCUUUCGGUUGAACUACCGCUUUUGCACAUCUUGUAGUAAGGCGUCAGGAAAAUACGGAUAAUAAAGGUCGGGACAGGGAUUGCACGAGCAACACCAUUGUCGGCCUGGAGAUUGGCAUCUUUGCAAGGCAUAUACCUGGACAUAUCAUCACCACCGUGUGUUUUCUUUGUUUGCACUCUUUUGCUUCUAUCAUACACAUAUUUUUACCCAUGGAGUAUAUA